AUGCUUGAAGAUCCUCCAGAUUCUUCCAGCAAGUUAUCCACCGUGUUCCUGGUGCCAUCUCCACCCUCUGAGAUCAUCACUGGAACACCGGGCCCUUCACUUCUCGAGCACUGCUUCCAAUCCAGAGUCACUCCCGUCUCUGACAGACCCGGCUUUCUCCGGGUGGUUUCCUUCACCAUGGCGACCAUAUCUCGCCGUCAACUUCCGCCCGUCUUCUACGAGUGCUGUAUUCCUGGUCCGUCCAAAUCGGUACGAGCUGACGGGCGCCACCAUCGCCUAUACGCCAUGUACCCAAACUCGACAGAAUCACCGACGGUUGACCGGUGA